AUGUCAAAAUGGCCGACCCAGACGAUGAGUUUGUCCGAGGGAUCAGAAAAAGACGAAUUUCUAACCGAGUUGACAGCACCUCGUCAAGUGAAGAAGAAAAGGAAAGCAGAAUCUCUGAAAGACUAAAGAAGAAAAGGACAAAACUGUUUGUUAAGCCCAAGAGAGACGAUGUUUGGAAAAGUAUAACACCCUCCAAGUCUCCCAGCAAAUAUGAUCAUUUGAAGCCUCGCAAAACAGUCAACAACUUCACAAAAGAGUGCAGAAUCAACGAGGUUUACAGAUGGGCUGGACAGAAUGUAAACAAACCAAACAACCGUUAUAACUUUGAUCCACUGGAGUCAAGUGGAGAGGAAUCACUGGAGGAUUUCAUAGUUGACCAAGAUGAGUCCGAUUCAGACACUGCUUCUGAUGAUGAUGCUACAUUUAUUCAUAAGAGCACUCCAAGGAUUCAAGGGAGAAGGAAGCGGAUAUUUACAGAAUCAGAUUCUGAUACAUGUGAUGUGCUUGAUCUGAACAUCGAAUCAGCUCUGGGUGAAGAAAGUCAAACAUCCAGCAAGCAAGAAUAUGAUAGAGUUGAAGACUCUGAAGUAAAACACCUUGUAGAAACAGCAUACUGUAGUGAUAGUCACUCUGAUCAAGUUGUCAGUCCCAAAAGAACCAAUCAGAAAUCAAAAAGUACACUAAUAGAUAGUGAAAGUGAUGAAGAUAUCAGUCAACCCUUGGUUACAAAGGUGGAAUCCACCAAUGAAAGUGAUACCAAUGAUAGUGACAAUGAUUCAGAUGAAAAUGUUAGUCCAAAAAGAUCACAUAAGAGAACAAUAAAAUCAGCUAUUGAAAGUGAUUGUUCAUAUGAAGAGGACGAGUUACAAGGAGAAAAUAAAAGUGAAGAAAAUUGGUAUAAAUCUAGAGAACAAGUCAGCCAGGUGAGUACUUCAACCAUUGAGAGCAAUAAUACAAUAAUUAAUGAAAACACACAUAGUUCUAAAAGUGAUGAUGUCAUGUUAGGUACAGAUCAGGAUGAUGAAUCAGACCAGUCUAUAGAAGGAGCUCAAGAAAAUAUUGAAGAUGAGGAAGAAGAAGAGGUACUUGGAAGAGUAAGGAUUGGUCAGUUGAGGAAAAAGCAGGAGAAGCAAAGGCUGUUUGAAAAAAUAAGGAAAGAAAGAGAACGUAAAAUGUUAAAAAAUGCUAAAAUCUCCUCAUAAACACUGAUCAUAUUAAACCUGUGUUAUAAGCUCACCUGAGUAUGAAGUGCUCGUUGAGCUUUUGGUUGUUCACAAUUAGGUCUUUCUUACACCAGAGACCUCAUUUGAUCCAAACUAAACCAACGGUAAUUCUGUACCUCUUCAUGGACGAUGGGAACAAAAAGUGUCCUGUUUUAUAAUCUUAACAUUUUAUUUCUUCAAUGAUUUCAACAUUUUCAAGAGUUUCUCCAUUUUGGGAAUGAGUUCGGGGGCCCUUUGGAUCAAGAAAAAUUGCUUAGUGAAGGUAUAUUAAACAUUAUUUACUAAUGUUAAACUUAUAGAGCUACAUGUAUAUAGGCAAUGAACUAAAUGUUUAAUUUUAUUAUUGUUAGUUUUUAAAAGCUGAAGUGGAGAAUUUUAGUGCGGAAAAAAGAGACAUCUUUUCAUAUUGGUAAUUUGGCCACAAAUUUGACCCCAAAACUCCACUGAUGUUCACUUUUAAUGUUGUAGAUUUUAUCAUGUACAUUAUAUAUUGUUCUCUUUCAAUGGUCACAUCCACAAUUAUGUGUUCAAAUAUUUUCUAAACUAAUUAUAGAAGACGUAGUUAAUGAUGUUCUCUUUAAUCCAUAUCUCAAUAUGGAUUAAUUGUAAUUGAAGAAUGCUAGUUCUUAAUAGCAUGCAAUACUUUGUCA